GAACUCGAGCUGGUUGUAAGCGUGAGGAAACAGUUGUGGCAGCAGAACCAGUGCUGGGCGCACGGGUGCACUGAUUUCAAGUGCUGUUUUGUUGGAAUUGUUCUGACUUUUACGUGGGGAGUUGAAAGAACAUGAAGUGUGAACUGAGAACUAUGUUUAGGUCAACGAUGCUGGAAUUACUUUUGUUUUCAUUGACAGCUGGGUUAUAUCGUACUGCACCGCGCGCCUCCUACAACAAUGAACUGUCUGUAUCAAAGCAACCUGCCAUGUCCGAAAUCACACUCGGGCAGCUCGGCACUACCAUGCCAAACUAUUUACCCGAGGACAGUGUGAGGUUGUCCACAAUUUCAGCGCUCUCCCCAGUUUCUACCGCGACCACGUCGGCAAACAGGAUUACAGGUAAAACCACUAAAUCUUACCGAACGCACAAGUUGACCCGAACAGCAAAGACCACCAUAAGUGAGUCCAUAUCUAAGGAUUCCUCUGUAAAAAACAAUGAUGGUACAGCCGACAUAACGCCGACAAUUUACAUAGGAAUAAUUCGAACUACAACACUAACUGCUUCAACAAUUUCUACAUCGAGGGCUCCCGAAACAAAGACAAAUUAUUUGCCCACCUCGCAACCUCCACCUGUCCCCACCACUGACAGGCAACAAACUGAGUUCCUGUGUAACUGUAGCAGCGAGGGAUCUCUGGAUGUGGACAACUGUGACCGCAGCACAGGGCAGUGUGUCUGCCUGUUGGGCUACAUGGGGCUGCAGUGUGCCGACUGCCAGGAGGCCCACUUCAACAACGGCACCACCGGCUGCAUCCCCUGUAGCUGCGACUCCUACGGUGCUCUCGGACCCCUCUGCGACAGCUCUGGGACGUGCCGGUGUAAGACAGGCGUGUACGGUGACAAGUGUGACGAGUGCCACCCGGGGUUCUUCCGCUUCAGCAGCACGGGGUGCCAGCCAUGCCAGUGCAAUAAUCAGUCCAACUUCUGCCACCCACAAUCAGGCUUCUGCUUGAACUGCCAAGGCAACACCAAAGGACCCAGCUGUGAGGAAUGCAAGUAUAAUUUCUAUCGGAGGCCCGGCGCUGCCCUGACUGAAGUCUGCGUCCCCUGCCCCUGCUCCAGCGUCACCUCUUCUGGCAGCUGCCACAUUGACCCCAGUGGACAAUCUGUGUGUGACCAGUGUAAGCCAGAGUACCAGGGGCCCCACUGUGACCAGUGCAGGGGUGGCUUCUAUAACGCGGACAGCAUCUGCCUGCCUUGCAACUGCAGCGGGAACGCCGACCCCGGGACCUCGCCCCGCAUCUGCAACCCUGAGACGGGCCACUGCCUGAGCUGUGUCAACAACACGUCGGGGAAACACUGCGAGCGCUGCGCUGAAGGCUACGUGGGUAGUGCCAUCAUCCACAGCUGCAAAGCCAUAGUCACUCCCACCCCUGAGCAGAACAGGACAACGACUGCCCCCACCACCACCACUCUGACCCUGCGCUCCACCACCACUACCCCCUCUAGUGACCACACCAUGACUUCCACCUCCAACGCCACCACCACUCAGCUGACCACCACAGCCUCCAGCACCACACCAGGUCUCCUCACCAACACCACGGCCGCCAUCUCCGAGGUGUCCUGGACCCAGUUCAAUGUCAUCGUCUUGGCGGUGAUCAUCGUGGCGGUGGUGGUGCUGAUGGGCGUGGCGGGCGGUGUCUACACCUACCGCGAGUACCGCAAUCGCAAGCUGAACGCUCCGUUUUGGACCAUCGAGCUGAAGGAGGAUAACAUCAGCAUCAGCAGCUACCAUGACAGCCUGCCCAACAUGGGGGACGUGUCGGGCUUGCUGGAGGAAGAGGCCGGCAUGGAGGUGGCGCCCAACGGCCAGCUGGCGCUUAGCAGCCCCGUCAACAUAUACAAGGCGUGAUGAUGGGCCAUGGGCGGGGCUGCUUCUUCUUCUUUGGUGUUUUAACGGUGGUGUGCAAGCCAAUGUUUAUUGGUGUUACCACCGCCCUCUUGACUAGUGUGGUAAAGACAUGACGCAUCCUCCUGGAAACCGUAUUCUGUCCCAUCUCUACCACACCCGCCCACCCCACCCCUGGUGGCCACACCCACCCAGGGACUCUGACUGGGGGAGGCAGAGAUAG